AUGCAGCGAAGUAUAGCGUCUUUCUUUAUGCCCUUGAAAGGCAAGGAGAAAAGUGAUGGACAGGCAAAAGGCAAAUCAGAACAAGUCAAAAGUCCCCUGAAAAUGCAGAAUGGUGUGCAGGAGUCUGAUUCGCCUGUGAAGAAACUAAGCAAACGCAAUCGCCCAAUUAUAGAGAGCGAUGAUGAUGACCAACCAACCAGAAAAGAGCAGGUGGCCAAAGAGGGAGGGGACCGUGCAGUGAAGGCCACUAAGGAUAAAGAGGAAGUUUCUAAGGCCACUCCCACUCCGCUGUCUCCAAAGACUCCUGUCACCCCGGUUACACCUGUCACCACAACGACCCCUGUUGCCUCGGUAACUCCCGGGACUCCAGUCACCCCGACCUCCACAUCUCCCUCUGGUAUCCCCAAACGCAAGACUGCCAGGAAGCAGUUUCCCAAGAGGAAGCUGGACAACAGGAGUGAUGGGGAGAGAGAAAGCCCAGAGGAGGAGAAGGAGAGGGAGGGGGCAGAACAGGACUGUAAGAGGCCCCGGACCGAGGGAGCAGAGUCAAAGUCAGAGAACGAGGGAGAGGUGAUGGAGGAGGAAGGAAAAGAUGAAGAUGAGGAUGAGGAUGAAAAGAAGCAGCGUCAGGUUGAGAAAGAAGUGAAGAAAGAAGAGACUGACGGAGUGAGGAAGAGGACGAGUGAAGAGAAGGAGACGACUGAAGAGAAAGAGCAGCAGGAAGAGGAGGAUGAGGAGAUGGAAAAAGAGAAGGAGAAGACAAGUCCAAAGAAAACGGUGAAGGAGGAGGAGAGAGAGCCAGAGGAGAAGAAGGAAGGAUCGGCCAAGAAAAAACAAUCCAUCAGCAGUUUCUUUGCUCCCAGAAAAUCGGCCGUGAAACUGGACAAAACAGAGGACAAGCACGAGGAAGAAAAAAAGAAAGAUGGAGAGAAGACAGUCAGCGCCUCUGACGAGAAAGACAAAAAAGGGACUGAAAAGGGGGUGGAGUCUCAGAAUCAAAGCCAGUAUGACCCUUCCAGAUCACAUUACCACCCCAUUGACCAUGCCUGCUGGAGGCGGGGCCAGAAAGUGCCAUACUUGGCAGUGGCACGCACCUUUGAGAAGAUUGAGGAAGACUCUGGCAGGUUAAAAAACAUUGAAACGCUGUCUAACCUGCUCCGCUCUGUACUGCUCCUGUCCCCAGAUGACUUGCUGUGCUGUGUAUACCUGUGUUUGAACCAGCUUGGCCCCGCCUAUCAGGGCCUGGAGUUAGGCGUGGGAGAGACAGUGCUGAUGAAGGCUGUUGCCCAGGCAACCGGGCGACAACUAGACAAAAUCAAGGCAGAAGCUCAGGAGAAAGGUGACCUGGGAUUGGUUGCUGAGAGUUCCCGUAGCAACCAGAGAAUGAUGUUCACACCAGCCAACCUAACAGCAGGGGGCGUCUUUACCAAACUUAAAGAGAUCGCCAACAUGAGUGGUAACUCUGCAAUGAAUAAGAAGAUUGAUAUAAUCAAAGGCCUGUUUGUGGCCUGUCGUUUCUCAGAGGCACGAUUCAUCGUCCGGUCUCUGGCAGGGAAACUCAGAAUUGGAUUGGCUGAACAGAGUGUGUUGGCUGCUUUGAGUCAGGCUGUCUGUCUGACCCCUCCAGGACAAGAGUUUCCCCCUUCUGUUAUCGACGCUGGGAAAGGCAUGAGCCCAGAGAGCAGGAGAGUCUGGCUGGAGGAGAAGGCUCUUAUCCUUAAACAGACUUACUGUGAGAUGCCCAACUAUGAUGUCAUCAUUCCUGUCUUGCUGAAAGAGGGCAUUGACGAGCUGCCCAAUCACUGCAAGCUUACUCCAGGUGUCCCUCUGAGGCCUAUGUUAGCCCACCCAACUAAAGGCGUGGGGGAGGUCAUGAAGAGAUUCGAUGAGGCCGCUUUCACUUGUGAAUACAAAUAUGAUGGAGAGAGGGCACAGAUUCACAUUCUGGAGAGUGGAGAAAUUCGAAUUUUCAGCCGUAAUCAGGAGGACAACACCAGCAAAUACCCAGAUAUCAUCUCACGAAUUCCUCAGGUGAAGAAAGCAUCUGUUCGCUCCUGCGUGUUGGACUCUGAGGCUGUGGCCUGGGACAGGGAGAAAAAGCAAAUACAGCCAUUUCAGGUUCUCACCACACGCAAGAGAAAGGACGUGGACGCGUCAGAUAUUAAGGUCCAGGUGUGUGUGUAUGCGUUUGACCUGCUCUACCUUAAUGGAGAGUCGUUGGUGCGGCAGCCACUGAGUAAACGCAGGGCUUUACUGAGGGAGAGUUUUGUGGAGAGAGAGGGAGAAUUUCUGUUCGCUCGUUCACUCGACUCCGACAACACUGACUCCAUCGCAGAGUUCCUUGAGCAGUCUGUCCGAGACUCAUGCGAGGGCCUUAUGGUGAAAAGUCUGGAGAAAGAUGCCACUUAUGAAAUCGCCAAACGCUCACACAACUGGCUUAAGCUGAAGAAGGAUUACCUGGAGGGUGUGGGGGACACGGUGGAUCUGUGUGUGAUUGGUGCAUAUCUCGGGAAGGGAAAACGGGCUGGCAGCUACGGCGGCUUCCUGCUCGCCUGUUACGACGAAGAGAACGAAGAAUUCCAAUCCGUCUGCAAGAUUGGAACAGGUUUUAAGGAUGAAGAUCUGGAGCAGCAUUAUAAUUUCUUAAAGGAACACAUCUUGCCUAAGCCGCGGCCUUACUAUCGUGUGGACCAAUCAGCACAGCCAGAUGUCUGGUUAGAUGCAGUCCAGGUGUGGGAGGUGAAAUGUGCUGACUUAUCACUGUCUCCCGUGCACAUGGCAGCCAUGGGAUUGGUGGACCCAGAGAAAGGCAUUUCUCUACGUUUCCCGCGAUUCCUCAGGAUUAGAGACGACAAGAAACCAGAGGAUGCAACCACAGGCGCACAGAUUGCUGAUCUUUACCGGAAGCAGCAGCAGAUCCAGAACCAGGGUCAAAAACCAGACCUUGAAGAUUACUACUGAUCUUUCCAUCCUCAUUGGCUGCCAGCCUCAUCACAUCUCAUUCCCAUUGGCUGUGAAAGAUUGUGAAACUGUGGUUUAAUUACAUGAUUGAAUGGGCUUU